GGCGAGAAAAGAGAGUUGCUCAUCAGUCAUUACACUCAAAACUGUUUAUCUUCGGUCUUUUCCUCAGCUUUUGUUACGUUGAAGCCUUUUCUUCUAUACUCUUUGCUGAUCCUGCUUCCCCCUUAAGCUUGCUUAGUCUCAGGAUACCUUGUAUAAAUGGGGGAUAAGAAUUUUAUGCUGGUGAUGUGUUUAUUGGCAUCUACCUUGUACGUGGCUAUUGCUUCCUCAGAUGGUCUAGUGAGAGUUGGUCUAAAGAAACAACGCUUUGACAUUAACAGUAUAAAUGCUGCUAGAAUUGAAGGGAAGGACAGUAUGUAUGCUAAGGGAGAAGGCUCUACCACUCAUGACUCAGAUGAUUCAACACUGAAUACAGUCUCCCUGAAGAAUUAUUUGGAUGUUCAGUAUUUUGGAGAAAUUGGAAUUGGUUCACCACCACAGAAGUUCACUGUCAUCUUUGAUACUGGCAGUUCCAACCUAUGGAUCCCAUCUUCACACUGUUACUUUUCAGUUGCUUGCUUUUUCCACUCUAGAUACAACUCUAGCAAGUCCAGUACAUACACGGAGAUCGGGAAACCUUGCAAAAUUCAUUAUAGUUCUGGAACGAUUUUGGGCUUCUUCAGUGAAGAUAAUAUAAGAGUUGGGGACCUUGUUGUCAAAAAUCAAGUAUUUACAGAAGCCAUAAGAGAAGGAAGCGCUAUUCUCUCUUUGGCAAGUUUUGAUGGGAUACUUGGACUCGGGUUUCAGGACAUGUCUGUGGGGAAUGUGGCGCCACUUUGGUACAGUAUGAUGCAACAAAGCCUAGUUGUCCAGAAGGUAUUCUCCUUCUGGUUCAACAAAGAUCCAUCAGCCAGCGAGGGAGGUGAGAUUGUCUUUGGUGGUGUUGAUCAGAAGCACUUCAAGGGAAAGCAUACUUAUGUUCCGGUCGCUCAGAAAGGUUAUUGGCAGAUUGAUUUGGCAGAUUUUCUAAUUGCAGACCAUUCCACAGGAUUUUGCACUCGUAACUGCACCGCAAUAGUGGAUUCAGGCACAUCCUUCAUUGCUGGCCCCACAGCUGCUGUGACAAAAAUUAACCAUGCUAUUGGAGCAAAAGGAUUCGUGAGCAUGGAAUGCAAAAAAGUAGCUGCUCAGUAUGGAGAUCUGAUGUGGGAGCUCUUGUUAUCAGGGCUACAGCCUGACAAAUUAUGCUCGAACAUUGGUGUGUGUUUCAACAAUGGCACUCAGCAAGUAAGCAAUUCUAUUGAAAUGGUGGUAGAACAAAAGAGAGAGAGGCACACAGAAGUUGGCCAGGACCUUCUAUGCACUGCUUGUGAGUUGAUCCUAGCAUGGAUACGGACUGAGCUUAUGGAAAAUAAAACUAAAGGAAGAGUAAUUGAAUAUGUGAACAAGUUGUGUGAUAACCUGCCAAAUCCAACGAGAGAACUAGCUGUUGAUUGUGACAAAGUACCAAAUAUGCCAUCUGUUUCAUUUAUCAUCGGGAACAAAUCAUUCAACCUCACUCCGGAGCAGUACAUCUUCAAAGUGGAACAAAAUUUCUCUACCUUCUGCAUCAGUGGUUUUAUUGCAUUGGACGUUCCUCCUAGCCAGGGUCCUCUCUGGAUUCUCGGGGCAAUCUUCAUGGAAGCAUAUCAUACAGUGUUUGAUUUUGGUAAUCUCCGGGUAGGAUUUGCAGAAGCUGUUUAAAGAAUGAUCCAGCGCUCUUUAAUUUGCAAGAUGAAUGAAUGGUUGAGUAUGAAUAGAUGAUGGACGUCGAUGAAUGGAUAAUAAAUUGCUAUAUUAUACUUGUGAUGUUGUAUUAAUGUAUUGAUGUGCUAGGCAACGUGUUAUCCUUUACUUGCUGCAUCCCAAAUUGAAGGGAAAAGAUUUUCAGGAGGUAGUUUAUAGAUAUAUCAACUUUAUUGCCCCAUCUAUUAUAUUUUUGCUCAGCAACUUUAUUGCCA